AUGCAUCUUGCCAGCACUAUCUACAUCGCCUGUGCUUGGGCUAUUGGAGCACAGGCGCUCGUUGUACACUCUCGUGGGGAAGCCGAUGAGGCCUGGAACAUCAACAAGCGCGCCGAGGCCGAUGAGGCCUGGAAUAUCAACAAGCGCGCCGAAGCCGAUGAAGCAUGGAACAUCAACAAGCGCGCCGAAGCCGAUGAAGCAUGGAACAUCAACAAGCGCGCCGAAGCCGAUGAAGCAUGGAACAUCAACAAGCGCGCCGAAGCCGAUGAGGCCUGGAACAUCAACAAGCGCGCCGAAGCCGAUGAAGCAUGGAACAUCAACAAGCGCGCCGAAGCCGAUGAAGCAUGGAACAUCAACAAGCGCGCCGAAGCCGAUGAGGCCUGGAAUAUCAACAAGCGCGCCGAAGCCGAUGAAGCAUGGAACAUCAACAAGCGCGCCGAAGCCGAUGAAGCAUGGAACAUCAACAAGCGCGCCGAAGCCGAUGAGGCCUGGAAUAUCAACAAGCGCGCCGAAGCCGAUGAAGCAUGGAACAUCAACAAGCGCGCCGAAGCCGAUGAGGCCUGGGAAAUCAGUCAGUAUAUCUACUCAACUCCUUGA